CCUAGUGGUGAACGGGCGCGGCGGCCGAUGCAGCUUGGCAACGACCGCAGGGCUGCACCUUCCGUGCGCGACUGGCCAACUUCUUCCUGGCAGGGCCCACACCUGCGGGCAUGAAUCGCGGUGAGCUCGAGACAUACGCAAUCGCGCGUCCAUCACAGGCUUUUCAGUUCAUUUCCCAGACUCAACAUCACAAUCACACGGCCGCUGCACUCUAUCGCGCGGAAUACAGACGUAGCACGCAUUUUCUUGGAGUAACCUCCGGCCGCUCGUUACCUGCACGCGCACCUGCGUGACCACGUAGCCCGUAGACUCGCCUUGAUAUCGAUAAAACGCCUUAUCCGUGCCCCUAUCCACCGCCUCCACUCCCGAGCACGAGCGACCGCCUGCCAUUGAGGCCCGACCAGCGGAGCGCUGCCGCGGCGGACACAGAACGCCUUCAGGGCGAGUGCUAGAGCGCGGCCAUGGGCUUCCUGAAGGACCUCACCCGGCGGCUGCCAUCCUCUACAGACAGCCUGGACAAGUUUGACGACCUAUCGCGACACGCAGAAAAGGUCUCCCCACGAUUAGCCUUCUUCCGCCGGCGCAUACGACUCAAGGGCAACUCGACCAUCUCGCUGCCGCUGGGCCUGGUCCUGCUGUUCCCAUGUCUCGUCAUCAUCCUGAUACUGGUUCUCUUUGUGCGGUCGCCAGACUCACAGGGCAUAAUGAUGCCUGGUGGCGGCCCGCCGCCCUCGAUACGCAAGAUCAGUGACAAGUACGACAAGCCCUUCGCGGUGGGCUGUCUCGAGCCCCAGACGAACGGUCCUCGCGCAAAUGCAGCAAUCGUGGUCCUGGCGAGGAAUAAGGAACUCGAUGGUGUCAUCCAGUCUAUCAAGUCGUUCGAAAGGCACUUCAACAGGUGGUUCAACUACCCCUACGUCUUCCUCAACGACGGGGACUUCAACUCGACCUUCAAAGAGACCGUCGGCAAUCACACAAAGUCGACGGUCGAGUGGGGCAAGAUCGCGCCCGAGCACUGGGGCUUCCCCGAAUGGGCUGAUCCUGCAGUUGUGAAGGAGGGCAUCGCGAAGCAGGGCGAUCGCGCGAUCAUGUAUGGCGGUCUGGAGAGCUAUCACCACAUGUGCCGAUUCUACUCCGGUCAGUUUUACAAGCACGAACUGCUACAGAAGUACGAAUGGUACUGGCGCCUGGAGCCGGAGAUCACUUACUUCUGCGACAUCACGUACGAUCCAUUCAUCCACAUGAUACGGAACAAGAAGACCUACGGAUUCACCAUUGCAGUGAAGGAGCUGCGCGAAACCGUGCCAAAUAUCUUCCGCUAUGCAUCAGCCUUCAAGAGGAUGAACAACAUCACGUCUCAAGGGAUGUGGGAGAUGUUUGUCGAGAAGCCGAAGGAGGAGCCAAAGGACAAACUGCCAAAGGACGAUCCAAAGUACAAGAAGCCUCUACCGCAAGAGAUCCUGAAUUCCGAGCCAGGGACUGGCGCACUCCCGGAGAUCGAUCCUGAAAACAUGGAAGGCGAAAACUACAACAUGUGCCACUUCUGGAGCAAUUUCGAGAUUGUCAAUCUGGCCUGGUACCGCAGCAAAGAGUACAACGACUUCUUUGAAAUGAUGGAUCGCAGUGGUGGCUUCUGGAUGGAACGAUGGGGUGAUGCACCGAUCCACUCGCUCGCUGCAGGUAUCCUCCUAGGUCCCCAAGAUGUCCACUACUUCCGCGACUUUGGGUACCGGCACACCACGAUCCAACAUUGUCCUGCAAACGCCCCCGCGCGACAGCUGCCAAGGAUCCCUUACUUCGAGGAGACCACACUGGACGAGAAGGCGCGAAAGGAGGAAGACGAUUACUGGGCACACGCAGACCCACCCAAAGAGAACGGUGUUGGUUGUCGCUGCAGAUGCGAUACUGAUAUUGUCGAUGUAGAAGGCAAAGAAGGGUCUUGCCUUGCAGAGUGGGUAGAAGUCGCUGGAGGCUGGGCAUCGCCUUGACUCUGAUGAUUGGUGUUGUUAUUUUUGUUCUGCAUUACCUUCAGGCGAGCAUUUUGGGCGGCGCCAGCAUUUGCUUGAGCUUUCUACACGGCGCGGUGGUGUUUACGACACAUGUUGGCUGGACCAAGGGAGCCGGUGCCACGAUAAUAGGCGUUGUCAGAAAAGGUUCACAGUCACUGUACAUAUAAAGUGCCGCGCGAUCUACACCCACGGACUGCGUAGAGUCACGAGCGCGAGCUACUACAUUGCAAUCACUCAAUAUUGCAAUCUCCCUUUGACCCUUUCACUUCCAGCGGAUCUUGCAUGAUGCAGCUGAUCAACUUCGGUGUACGAUACCGAUAAGGGAGCGGGGCGCGGGGUGUCUUGCUUCUGAUUGGUCCGCGGCCUCCACCACCCAUGGGAACAGAUGCUC